UGUGGGGUUUGCACAGGUCUCCUGGUGAGUCUGAGAGACACCACGGCCCAGCAGACCACCCUACACCCGCUUGUGGGUCGUGUCUUUGUACACACUUUGGACCAUGCAACCUUCCUUCACCUUCCUGAGCACAUUGGGACACCCAGACCUGCCCCGGUGGCUCUGCUACACUCAGCGCAGCCCCCACCACCCUGGCUUCCUCUAUGGCACGGCCACUCCAGAAGAUCGUGGGCUUCAGGUCAUCGAGGUCACCGCCUAUAAUCGGGACAGCUUUGACACCACUCGGCAGAGAUUGGUGCUGGUGAUUGAGGACCCAGAAGGCCCCCUGCUGCCACACCAAGCCGAGUUCCUGGUGCGCAGCCAUGAUGUGGAGGAGGUGCUGCCCUCAACGCCUGCCAGCCACUUCCUCACAGCCCUGGGGGGGCUCUGGGAGUCAGGGGAGCUCCAGCUGCUCAACAUCACUUCUGCCUUAGACCGUGGGGGCCGUGUUCCCCUUCCCAUUGAAGGCCGCAAGGAAGGGGUGUACAUCAAGGUGGGCUCGGCCUCACCCUUCUCUACUUGCCUGAAGAUGGUGGCAUCCCCCGACAGCCAUGCCCGUUGCAUCCAGGGCCAGCCCCCACUUCUGUCCUGCUAUGACACCUUGGCACCCUACUUCCUCGUUGACUGGUGCAACGUGUCCCUGGUGGAUAAGUCAGUGCCAGAGCCUGCAGAUGAGGUCCCAACCCCAGGUGACGGGAUCCUGGAGCAUGACCCGUUCUUCUGCCCACCCACUGAGGCCCCAGCCCGUGACUUCCUGGCGGAUGCUUUGGUCACCCUCCUGGUGCCCCUGCUGGUGGCCCUGCUGCUCACCUUACUGCUGGCCCACAUCAUGUGCUGCCGGCGGGAGGGACGGCUGAAGAGAGACCUGGCCACUUCUGACAUCCAGAUGGUUCACCACUGCACCAUCCAUGGGAAUACAGAGGAGCUGCGACAGAUGGCAGGCAACCGUGAGGUGCCCCGGCCACGCUCCACCCUGCCCAUGUUCAACGCGCGCACAGGCGAGCGGCUGCCGCCCCGUGUGGACAGCGCCCAGGUGCCCCUCAUCCUGGACCAGCACUGAGGGCCUGGCCAGCUGUUCUAGGUCCAGUCCUGGCCUCAUUCUCCCUUUUCUGUCCACUCAGAGAGCAGCCACAACCCAUGGCCAGCUACAUCCCACCUGCUGGUUCCGGCUUCUGUCCCAGUUGGCCCCCAGGCUCUGAACAAGCAGAGAGAUGGGUGGGGCGGGGUGAGGGUGUUUAGUGUCAAGACAGACAGAAUAAAUACCUGCUGCUCUGCCCAUCUGUUGCUGCCAGUGUCUUCCUCUCAGCAGCCUCUCCCCACCCCAGUCCUCACUGCCUCUGUUUCCCUUUCUGCUUUCUGGGAGUCUCCAGAGUCAUCAGCCCUCAACCUUUUGGCAUCUUGCUAUUUUGUCAAAUCCUCUGGAAGAAGGAGGGAAGGACCUGCUAUAUGUGGCCCUUACAUAAACUUGACUGCAAGGGAUUACUAGAUCAUUAUCCCUAUUUUACAGACAAGGAAACCAGGCCUACGGGGAGUGAGUGACUUACCCAAGGUCACAAAGCAAGCAAGUAGCAGAGAUGGAUUGAAACUUGCCUUGUCUGGAGAAUUUAGGGGUUCUGAAAGCGGGAGGUCCAGGCUCUUACCUGGAGAUUUAGAUGAAGUCUGUCAAGAUCCCAUGGAGAGAAAGUCUCACUGUACAUUAUGUUGAGAGAGAAGUCAGCCCAUUUUUUUUUUUUUUUUUUUUUGAGACAGUGUCUCACUCUGUUGCCCCAGCUAGAGGGCUAUAGUGUCAUAGCUCACAGGAACCUCAAACUCCUGCCUCAAGGAGUUGCCUUGUACCUGGAACUAUGGGCACCUGCCACCGUGCCCAGCUAGUUUUUCUCUUUUUAGUAGAAACCAGGUCUCACUCUUGCUCAGGCUGGUCUCAAACUCCUGAGCUCAAGCAAUCCGCUGGCCUCAGCCUACCAAAGUGCUAUGAUUACAGGUCUGAGCCACCUGGCGGACGGAGAAGCCAAUCUAGACUUGGAGGAUGGAGUGUGGGACCCUGAAUACACUGGGCUCAAGGGCUCCCCUCCUGGUAGGUAGAGGAUACUGCACAGCCUAAAACUCUGGUUGAGCAGUGUCACUACCAACCACUACCAUAGAGUGCUGCUGGCUGCCAUCCUGGCCAGAUCCAGUCUCGCAUUUUCCAUUCCUAGUGUGAGAACAGGCUGCAGACUGAGCCUGAGAGGGCACCCAGGGAAAGGAGGGAAGGCAGAGGAGGAAGGACACAUGGUCAGGCCCCCACCUGACCCUACUGUGGCUGGCAGCUUCAAGAGAAUCCAAAAAGGGGGCACCUGGGCCUCAUCAACCCUCUUCUUCUGCAGGGAACCCCAGCCCAUACAUCCACACAACUCCCUUCUUAGGGAGGUUUUUGUCUCUGUCUCAGAGAUGGCAUCCCUGUGUCCCUGCAGCCCCCGGCCUCAGCUGCCCUCUCGGCGUUCCUCGUCCUCUGGGAGGGUUGUUCUGCUGGGGCUCCCUUGUUCCCUCUUUUCUUCCUGCACUAGAGUGCAGGAUUCGGCUUCCCCAGGAGGCGCAGUGCCUAUGCACAGUAGAUGGUCAAGAAUAAUGUCCUAAAGGAAUGCAGGAAGGGACGUGCAAGGCCAGUGCUAAAGCUUCUUCUGUUAUUUCUGGUCCACCCCUCCCUGCCCACUUCCACUGGUUGGUUCAUCAAACCAUCAGACAUUGAUUCAGACAGAACACAGCAAAUGUCCUUAAUAAACAUUUGAGUGGCUGCUGUUUAGAUGCAUACUCUGUAGCCAAAUGGGUUGACACAAGGUGCUUCUGACAUCUCAUUUGCCAUUUCCUCCUUUUUCCUGAUGGAAACCAGGAGUUGCACAGAAGCGGCUCGGACUGGAGAGCAGGCCAGCUGUCUGGGGACUCCUCCUUGGUCCUUGCCCCCUCAGGCCUCCUGUUUGCUCUUCCUGUGCUGGCCAAGGACAGGAGAAGAGAGGCCAGCGUCUCUCCUCUCUUUGUGUCCCAGCUCUGCCUUGGGGUCUUGGCAGUGUCUUCCUCCCUGCUCAGCUCCAAGGAGCACACGGGAGCCUGGCUGCCGGCCUGAGAGGAAGUGGCCCAGACAAGUAGCAGGGAGGAUGGCGUGCCUCCAGAGGACACCGAGCCAUGCCUGGGCACACACACACGCACGCCCAGCAGCACUGACACAGACACAUGAGGGCCCCCUGCUCACUGAGCAAGAUUCCACCCAGUUGUCACACCCACCCCCCACAGCCCAGGACAAAGAGCAGCAGCCGUCCUCACCUCCAUUCCCACCCUGAGACAGAGCACACUCUGUUCCACAAGUCUCACCAAUGGCACUGCCCGCAAGACCCCACCUUUAUCCUAAACAGUCCCCACGUGUGACCUGACUCCAGACAUUCCCUUAGUAGGCUGGGGACACAGGGCACCCCUAGAGCUUGCCUCAGCCCCCAGAUAAACACUUUCUCAGAGCAGGACUGGAAUCAUGAGCCUGCCACGCAAUAGCUGGCUCAGCCAGCAGACAGUUAGUUUACUCAUAAGACGAUAAUCCUUAACCGCCUUGGGGCUGUUGAGUUUGUGGGAACUGGGCCCUCUGGCAGCUCCCGAGAAUGAGACGUUACUACACUCAGACCCUUGGAUGAUCCCCUGAAGGCCAGAGGUCGAUAGGGUCUCCUUGCCCCCUACAGUCCAAACUAAACAGGCUCCAUUUCCAUCUGUGCCUUGUGAAAAGUUCACUCUAUCCCUGUAAAUUUGGGGAGGAGGCCAAAUUUGCACGGUCCUUGGCAUGGUCCAGUGCCUGAUGCUGCACUGUUUAGGCUGUCAGCCACCAGCCACAUAUGGCCACUGAGCACUUGAAACAUCAUGAGUCCAAGGUGGGAUGUGCUUCAGUGCCAUGAUGAAAUGAUUUUAUUUUGGGAUACAUUGGGUUAAAUAAAAGACAUUAUUAACAUUAAUUUAACCUAUUAUUUUUAUUUUUAUUUCUAUGUAUUUAUUUAUUUAUUUUUAAUUUGUUUUUGAGAGUGUCACUAUGU